CUUGUGCCCCGCGUCUACCAUAUGCCCUUGGUCAAUUAGCAUCCGCUCAACAUCAUGGAGGAACAAACGGCGACGCUCCUCACAGCGCUGAAAAAGCCGUCGACCGACGUGAACAAGCGCCUUGAAUUGUUCAGCAACCUCAAAUCCGGCAUAAAGCACAACCGCGUACCCGAGAGUUGCCAGGCUUCCAUAUUCGAGUGCAUUCGCAUCGCCAUCACCGCCUCCACCUCUGCAGCACUCGUCUCCGCAGGCUUCUCCACGCUGAGCCACUUCAUAAAGCGGCUACAACUCCAGAAAGAGACGCAGGCCCUCACCUCACAGGCAUCGCCACUAUGCGCCAUACUGCAGGACAAGCUGGGCGACGCGCGCGAGAGUCACCGGAGCGCUGCGUCACAAAUACUGGCUGACCUACACUACUUAUGUCCGACCGAGGUUGACACGCUGAUACACGAAGCCAUCAAGGGCAACAAUGCUCGCGCCAAAGAGACGUCCAUGACGUGGGUCGUGAAGAUGAACAAGACCGAAGGUCUUCCUUUCAAGGGCUAUUCCAACCAGCUUGUGACCAACCUUGAAGACGCAGACCCUGGCGUGCGCGAUACUGCCAAAAAGGCCGUCGUUGAGCUUUUCGGGCAUGCACCAGAACACGCAAAGGUCAACCUUAAGAAGCAACUUACCAGCCUAAACGUCCGAAAAGCGACCGUUACCUACAUUACCACAAAUCUCGACGGCGCUGCGACAUCAAACGACGCCGAGAUGCCACCGCCAUCGGUGCCGCAGUCACAGCCGCUACCACGUGCAGAGCGACCUCUACCAGCGCGUAGAGCAGAGACUCUGCAGCCUGAUGUUGGCUUUGCAGACAGUUUGGCGGCAGAACAGCCUCCACCUACCGAGACGGUCACCAUGGACCCCAUACACAUCUACACGCAGCGCGAACUAGACGACGUUUUCAGAGACAUGGCGCCCCACUUCGAAGGCAGAGAGUCAGAGCAGAAUUGGCUGGCACGAGACAAGAACUGCACCAAAAUACGGCGCAUAUUGAAGGGGAAUACGCCCACGGAAUUCCAUGGUGCUUUCAUAGCGGGCAUCAAGUCCGUUUUGGAUGGUAUUCUAAAAGUUGCCAAUACGCUUCGGACUACCAUGUCUACCAAUGGCUGUCAGCUUGUUCAGGAACUCGCGAAGACUUUGGGCCACGCUAUAGAUCCCUGGGUCGAGAUCCUGCUCCAGUCUUUCAUCAAGAUGUGCGCUGCUACAAAGAACAUUGCUGCGCAAAACGGAAACAUCACUGUGGACGCCAUCCUCCAGAAUUGUUCGUAUAGCAGCCGCUUGUUACAGCACGUCUCCAUGGCAUCACAGGACAAGAAUGUACAACCCCGAUCACACUCGGCGAGUUGGGUCAAAACCCUGAUAAAAAAGCACACGUCGCAUAUUGAGCAUUCGGGGGGCCUAGACACGCUGGACAAGCUAAUAAGAAGAGGCGUCACGGAUGCUAAUCCGAAAGUGCGCGAGGCAUAUCGAAGCACAUACUGGACAUUCGCGCUAGUAUGGCCACAAAGAGCCGAAAUGAUGUUUGAUACUCUCGAGAAGCGAGAGAAGUCUGCGCUCGAAAAGGAUCCUAACAACCCAAAUGCUUCACUCGCUUCGUCUCAAACUAGCACAGCCUCGUUCUCGAAAUCCGUGGGCGCUGGAGCUGCGCGCAAUGCGUUGAAAGAGAAAAUCGCUGAGCAACGCAGAGCAAAGUUGGCGGCUACUAAAGGUGUCCCCGAGCGUCCCAACUCCGCUGCUGCAAGUUACUCACCAGCAAAAUCGCUAUCAGCGAAGUCAUUAGGUCCGAGACUUGCCUCCAAUACGUCUUCUGGUCUAGCACGGCCGCCCUCAGCCAUGUCAGGGGAAUCGACCAAGUCAGCCUUGAAGAACUCUACGGGCACUGGCUCAUUAAUGUCGGGAACUGUACGUCGGCCAGUUCGUCGCCCCGAGUUGAACAGGCCGGCAACGGCAGAUCCCUAUGCUAGCCGACGUGCGGGCAAGGUCACUCCAUCGAUGACUCCGGAGAAGACACCGGCCACAACAACAGCAAAGAAGUCGGUUGCACCAAAGAGCACCGCCCGACCCCGCGCACAAACUCAGAACAGCCCAACUGUGAGCCCAGUUCGGAGCAAGUCUCGUAUUGGUCAACCCAUAGCGAAGGCUGCUGGCACGAGCUCUCGACAAGGAAGCCCGACUGUGAGCACAGCAAAGGACGAGGGCCAGCCGACGGUGAAACCUUGGGUCCGAUCGCAAAGUCAUCAUGAUCCAGGUACCAUCCCGUUCCUACAGCGAAAUGGUCUGGAUACAAGUGCGCUUCUUGACAAUGAUACGAUUGAUCUAGGAGACGAGGAUAAUUUUACGAUGGUGAUCCCGAACCUUGCACGCCCUACAGUGCAACCAACACAACACACCCCUCCAAAGCACACGCCAUCUACUGGACGUUUAGCAGCACCCAGUCCUGGAACUUCGGCGCUCAGAAGUCCCAAACCCGUGGGUGAUAUCAGUAAUUUACGCUCGUCAACGCGGAGUCCCCGAUUGAGGUCACCAGAUCGACCAAGCACACGAGGCACAGAUGCUCAGGAAGAGGUGCAAAUUUUUGAAGAUCCAUUUGUUGCCGAUGAGCCAACUGCCGUAGAGUCGGAGAUGGAGAAGCUCGUACUUGAAGAGCUUCCUCUUAACGAGAAGAGCAACGAGCGACGCCACAGCAAUGAUAGCAUUUCCAGUGUUAUGAUAAUGGGCAACUCAAGCGAAGAGCGCCCUCGUGGCCAUCACAAGACGACGAGUACCGGAAGCGUGAUGCACACCGAAAGCUACGAAUCCAACAACGCUGAGGUACUUAAGAAUCGUCAGUUGCUUGCGAGUGGCAUCAAGAAGAUUGAAGGCCGAACAGUGGAAGCACAUAUGUUCCGCCGCAUGCAAGAUAUGGUCAAGUCAAACCAGGAAAUCUGGGGUCCAAACGACGAGAAUUUUGGCAGGCUACUCCUAGUAUGUCUCGAAUUCCUCGAGGCACCUAUUCAGGAACUUAAGAUGUCGCCGAUGAAAGCAGUAAACCUCAAGGUCCAGGCUUUAGCAACUAUUCGGGCGAUGCUAUCCCUCUAUCGUAGAGAGACAGCGAAAUACUUCUCCCGCGUUCUCUGCACGAUCCUGCAAACGAAGGCGCAAUAUGAGAAUACAUCGCAUAUCGCGAUCGAUCUUGAAGCCACUGCCGAUGAAAUCGUCAAGUACGGUCAGACAUCGGACUGUCUCAGCGCCGUCCUAUCCCUGAUCGAAGAUACGCCAACCUCCACGCCAACCUCAUCACCAAACCCAAAGCCCUCUGUCUCUCCUCUCCCCUACCAGGGAUCAACCCGCACAACAACAAUGGCCCUCAUCACCCUCGCCUCCCUCAUUCAAAUUAGCAGCGCAAAGAACGUUACUCUGACGCCUGAACAAACCGCACGCCUCGGAAAGCUGGCGGUGCGCUGCAUGGAUGACCAGGACGCGGACGUGCGCAAAGCAGACAUUGAAUUUUGCAUCGCACUACACGAGCGCAUAGCUGGACCUGGCGGCGAGAAAGAAGAUGGAGGGUUUUGGAAGGCUGUUGCAGGGGCAAGGGAACAGCAUCUGAAUCUGCUGACGUACUAUCUUGCGAAAAAGGGGAAGGCUUAGAAGGCUGACCUUCCAUUUCGAGAGAGGAGGGGGUUGUUGGGAGAUCAGACGUGCUCUGAGGAAACAGGUUGAGCUUUGCUGGACCAUCGAUCUCUUCGUCUCCUCUUUCGUCGCACGUCUGGCGUUCUCACCACUUGCGGGAUCUCUUAUGGCGUUCUUUGGUUUUCGGGCGAGCUGGGGUCGAACCUUUCAAGGCGUUGUGAGAAAAGAUAGUAUCAUACUGGUAGUCAUUUUCUUUCGUCACUUCGGUCUUCUUGCCUCCUCGUUACACAUAGUUUUUGUACAGAGGCAUUCUCUUCGUCUUGGUUUGCGGUAUGUCUUAUAGUCCUUUUUUAAUCCAAUAAUUCAA